AUGUCUUCUGUAGUUUCACUUUAUGAUUAUUCAAUUGGCACCGAAAAUACUCUUGAUAACAUCUCAACAAGAACUUUGUUUGAUGGCAGCACUCUUAAUUUAGAGAGAUCGAUAUCUUUACCUAGGGAAGCUGUUCAAUCAAAUUUAUCAUUAAUCUCAGGAAGUGAAUGCUAUGAUUAUCUAGACGAUGCAGAGGACAUGCAACAUUGCAAUUCAGAGCAGUUGAUAUGUGGGAGACGUGCACUCAUAUCGUCAAGGCCUUCAACUCCAUUAUCACAACGUGCCAGAGCAAUAGAAAAGGAUAUAACUGGGGUCGUAUCACCUCUAUCCCUGGGGAAGCUAGAUUCUAAACCAAUGACAUUACAAGAGAAAAUGUCUUUAUUGAAUAGAAGUCAAAUUUAUAGUAAAAUGAAUACAAAAGGUGGCACUCUCCCUAUAGUAGAAUUUAAUAACUAUUCCACCUCAUCCUUACAAAAUACUGACCUUAAUAGACAGAGAAUUAAAAGAAAUCUGGAACAGCAUCAGCUUAUCCCUCUUUCUAGAACGCAGGAUAAUGCUAGAGACAUCGAAUCUGAUGAUAAUAUCAGUAUUGCAAGCAUCAUUAGUUCAAGGAAUUAA